AUGAAGCGGAAGACAGUAAAUCUAAUUCUGAUGACAAUGUCAGUCAAUGUGAUGUCUAUUACAGCCAACAGAAUCAUGAUCAAGCUAGUAAUACUGUGUUUGUGUGUAUGGAUAGUAAACGGUAAGAUUGAAGAAGACGACGAUGAUGACAAUGGCAGAAACGGAUUCUUGGCUUUUCAUACCUUCAAACCAUUGUGGGACACUCCAGCUGUAGAUACAACAACAAAGAAAGAGAAGACUGAAGAUAAAAAAGUCAAGAGUAAAGAUAAGAAUGAUAAGAGUAAGUUACUGUAACAUUCAUCUGACUAUAAACAGUUCGGUCGCUCUAUUGAAACAACUCUUCAGUCAUAAUUUAGAAUUUCAACACUAUCCUAAUUAAAGUAGUACUUUAAUAUUUCAGAAUCAGAGACAGAAGACGACGAUUCAGAAUCCAACAGUGACAAAGACCAAUUCGUGUCAAAUUCUGAUUUUCUGUCAGAAUUCAACCAGCCCAACUUCAACACUUUUAAUCAGAACCCCUUUCCUCAAUCAGCCUUAACUGCUUUUUCUCUAUGUCCACCUUAUCCACCAUGUAUGCUUCCUCCACGACCUUGUGGAUGCCAAUCUCAACCCCCACCACCACCCAGAUGUCCCCCCAGGAUGUGUCCACCCCCUCCAUUAUGCCCGCCACCCCCACCUCCAGUUUUCUGUCCUCCCCCGACACCGUGUUUGCCUCGACAAUGCCCUCCACAGCCUCCUCUACCACCACCACCACCCCCAAUGCCGGCUUUACCAUGCCCCUGUAUGCCACAAACAUAUACUCCACCGGUAAAGCAAAAAAAUUUAAACUAUAGUUAGAUACCUAUAUUAUUAUAAUUGUUAAAUAGCAUUUUGUUUAUAAAGGUAGAGCAUAUUCAGAAUGACUGUUGUGCCAACUGUCACCGACCAUGUAAAAUGAGAAGGUCGACGUUUCUAUUGGCCAUGAAAGGAUCCAGAACAUUGACUCCAGAAUUGGAGCAAAGAACAGCUAUGUGCAACAACUUUAAACUGCGUGAUAUCAUAAGAGAAGUAAGAGCUUACUAUUGACAUUUUAACCCUUUAAAGUAAUCAUGAAGUAUAUUAUCAUUGAAUUUGCAGAAUAUUUCCCCAGACAUUGACGAAAGCAAACGCUUAAUUCAAUUCCAAGCUGAACAAAAGUUUGGAAUGUCAGUCAAUGUGAUCUGUGGACGUGGAGAAUUCUCAUUUACUAUCCAUACUAACGACUACUGCCAAUACUCAUUCUACGACAUCUCGUGUUACGCUUAUAAAUAG